GGCGUUGAAUGGCGUUGUUUGUCAUUGAAAUAAAAAACGUGUGUUUACGGUGUUUCUUGAAUUUACUUGUGUACCUUGAUAAUUUUCGCUCAGUAUCUUUGUUUAUUAGAUACUAAAUAUGUCACGAGAUCCUCGCAAAUCUUUUUAUGAUAGAGACCGCGUCCCGAUUUGGGGUCGUUCAGAUUAUCGAAGUCGCGAUCGCCCUUUAUCGCGGAAAAGGACUCGAAGUAGGAGUCCGCCGAUGGGAGAUAAGCGUCGCAGUGGAUCACCCCGUAAAAACGAAAAGGACUUGUUGGACGAGAACAUUUUGAGAGAAAUCUCAAAGCUACCUGAACCAAGCGAGUUGUGGGAUAAUAAUCAAUUUCAAGAAAAUGCGAACUACAACAGUGCUCCACCGCCGCCCGCAUUUCAAACAGAGGCUGUACCAAAUUUUCAAAGCAAUUACCAGCCUUCUUUCUCUGGCAUAUAUGAUGACUUUCCUCCGGCUGCGCCCCCACCUACGAUGCCUCAAGAAAUUGCUUCAUGGAACCAAAUGUCCUUGCCACCGCCCCCAGCUCCUACACCGUUUGUUAAUAAUGUAGAAGAACAAAUAAAAAAAGAAGCUGCUAUAGAGACUGAGAUGAGACAUCAGAAGGCAGCACUGUCCAAGCAGAGGGAAGACUACAUAAAGAAAGCAAGCAUUCUGAAAAAAGAACUUGAUACAUUGAAGGAUCAACGUGAUGAACUUCGAGGUGAUGCAAAACGCUCACCAAGUCCAGACACCAAGAGGUUUUUGAAGGAAAACACAAAGCUGCAGUUGGAGAUCCAGAACAAGUUGAAGACCAUCAACAACGUGGUGGACAUGCUUAAUGGUAUCAUCGGUGAGGAAGCGCACACUGAAAUUGUGCAUGACUCCGAUGACUCUGGGAAAGGCUCUAAGCAGAAGUCCAGGUCUCCUUCGAACAAGAAGUUUAACUACGUGUACUAUGAUCCGGAGAUGCACUGGUGUCGCGUGUGCAACGAGUUUCCUCCCACCGCUAAAGAUUAUUUGAACCACCUGCAUUCUGCGGCUCAUCAUAAGAAACUAUUGCGUAGGAUGGCGGCGGCGCACAUGGAGGCGCCGUGGCACAGCGUCGCCGGCAUCAACGAGGGCUUCCCCAACUACCCCUCCGCGCCCACCAAGCGGACGCCCAUCAAAGGUUUGCAAUUCUUCGUGCCCUCCACGGCGUGGUACUGCAAGCUGUGCGAUCAGUUCAUCGGCGACUUGCAUUGCGCCUCCGCCCAUCUCAAGUCUGUUACGCAUUCCAAAAACUACACUAACUUUGUAGAGCAAAAUCCGCACUGGGAAACAGAUUGGAUGUCAGAUCGUCAGAAAGCAUUUGAGAAAGCUAGAGCUAGUAACAAGCUGAAGGCGCCCGAGGAGAAGCCUCAGUACACCGCGCACACGAUCACGUUCCACAAGGACGGCUUCCACACCAAGAACACAGACCUGCCGGUGGCCGCGCCGCCCGAAAAGAAGAAGAAGAAAGAGAAAAAGAAGAAGUCGAAGAAGAAGCAGAGCAGCAGUAGCAGCUCGUCCAGUAAUUCGAGCAGCUCUGAUAGUGAAACCGAGAAGAAGAGGAAGAAAUCUAAAACCAAAAAGGAGAAAAAAAUUGGCGCCACUGAUGAGAAAACAUUAACGGAAUGGAUGACCGCCAUACAAAUGGACAGACUAAAUGAAAAUGAUAGGAAAUUGUUGGACACUUUGAAAAGCAGAAUGAAAGCAGAUAAACUGAAGGAGGAAAAACGUAGGUCUCCAGACAGAGACUCGUCCCCUGAUCCUAGACGGAAAAGGUUUGAUUUUAUUCUUCAUAAAUAUAGAGAUAACGAGAGGCGCGAUAUAGACCGCGACCGUAGAGAGCGCAACUUCCGUCGGUCGCCGUCGCGCAGUUCCCGGCGGUCGCCGCGCCGGUCCCGGUCCCGGUCCCGCGCGCGCGACUCCCGCGAGUCCCGCGAGUCCCGCGCCCGCAGUCCCGCGCGCGCGCACAGUCCGCCGCCCGAUCCCAAGAAACCUGAUAUCAAGAAGAUGCCCUUCAUAGGUAAAAUGCCGGUGUAUAAGCAUUUGGGAAAGAAACAAGAGGACCAAAAAAAGGAAGAACAGGAUCAGAAGAAAAAAGACGAAGACGAAGCCACUAAGAAAAGACGCGAGGAAAUGGACGCGGAAAUACAGAAAAAGGUUAGCCUCGGCUCACCCGGUGUAUUCGAGGCAUUACAAAAAAGUUUUAGAACGGCCCGUCCCUUUCUUCCCCAAACACAGAAAGACGUUAGAAGGACCGUGUGUAGCCACGAUCCUGGACUAAUGUUCAUGAUCGUGACCACCACACGAUCGCGACGUUUAGUCAUUCACGAACGCGCGUGCUUGUCUUAUAGUUUAGUUGCGGCGACACAAGAUUUACGACUACUGCGCAACCAACAACUGGAUAUAUGUAACUCCGUGAAAUGGAUAUCAGGAAAUUCUCGGAAAAAGGAACAACACGCAAAAAAAGAAAAUAAGGUCGGGAAAGUAGCAGUGGAAGCGACGAAAAUGACAACCAUGAUAAAACUACUCGUGAGUUUGAAGAAUGGACUUAAGAUGGGAUCUGCAAAGAGCAUCACGAGAACGGAGAAAGGAGAAACGCUCACGCAGAUGGGAAGGAUAGACGAGAUUAUAAAGGGUGUCUUAUGUUCAAGACAGACAAUCCUGACAUUUCUACGCUGA